AUGUUCAUCUUAGAAUCGGAGGAGGCACCGACGGAGCUCUCUUUACGUGGCGAAGUAAUCAGACUGCAGCCUCGAGCUAAUCUUGAUGUACUAUUCCUAGGUUGCGCUAUAUACGUAUUGUACUCUUUUCAGGAGUCUGUAAUUAUCGGUUUCAGUGCUACUAAUAGGUCAGUCGCUAAUGUGUACGUCCGCUGUCCUGUUAGUUGUGUAGCUCGAAAUACGUCUAAUCAACAGCUUGGUGACAUUUUACGUAACGCGAUAAUUGUGUGUGCUUAUGCGAUCACUGAUUUAGAGACGGACAUAUUAGCUGGCAUGUGUGCUAAUGAAGUUACGCUAUGGGAUUCGAAUUUCGAGAAUGCAAAGUUCGGUUUCAGAUAA